AUGGACAAACAGAUCGCCAACAGCAGCAGCAGCAAGCAGGAAAACAGCUGGCAAGGGGUAAACGGCGAGGGAAACGCAGGAACCAACCGUAGGAAAAUGUCAUCCAACAAGAAGAACGAAAAAGAGGCCACCGGCACCACCACCACGGCGUUGGACGUCGCAGUGCCCAAACAGGAGAAGAUGGAUUUUUUAAACGUGGAUCUCGAAAUAUUCAUGCAGGCACUAGAGAAACCGUCGCAAAUUUAUCGAUUUCUACGCACCCGAAACAUGCUGAUGCCGAUAUUUUUGUCCCGGAAUCUGUCGUACAUGCGCAACCGUUGCUUGCGAUCUCACAAGUCGCGCCAGACGUUCAAAAUUGACUCGAUGCUCGGCCAAAAGGUAGCGAAACUGGAAGCCGAGGCGAUCGCCGCUUCCAUGGCAACGGCGGCAGGCGACGGCGGGAGCGUAACCAGUGAGUACUUGACGAUACUGUUUCUGGGCUUCUUCGAUGAGUCGACCAAUUCGGCACUGUUCGACGGCUGUGGUCGCUUGGAACGGAGCGUGGUCAUUGAAACGAAUCUGAUCAAAAUCACGCACAACAAGCGGCACGCCCUUUCGUCCGGGUUGAUGCAGUUUUCGGUUGGGAAGGCCAAGGCGCGGGUAAACCCGCCGAAUGAUGGGGACGUGCCGCCGCUCGGUGUUCGCGAGUCCAAGCGGCAGUACGUCACCAUACCGAUGGAUAUGUUCAGCACGCAGGGAUCGCCCAACGGUGACACGAUCGGUCCGCAGACGUCCUUCGUGCUGCUGUUUCGGAUCUCGCGCUCCGUGCCGGUCGCUGGCAACGGCGCGGUGGAUGUGUACUGUGGCGCUGCCGACGGCGAAAACGAUGGCGAGGAACCGACGUGCAAACGGCAGAAGCUGCACAUCCAAACGCGAGUUUUCGGAACGGAGCUCAUCCUGUACGACAAGUACGGUCAGUGUCAGGUGACGAACGCUGACUACGAGCUGGUGAUGCACGAAAUCGCCGUCCAGCAGCCGACGGUCGUCGGCAAGGAUGCGGGUUGGGAUCGCACGAUGGGACUGACGCCCGAUGGGGACGAGGUGAUGGAGUACUCGCCGGAGGACGAAUGCAGCAAUACCUCGCAGGACGACGGCGCGAUGAUGACGGACGUGAUACGCAACGCCCUGCACGAGUACGAGGGCUGCAACAUACCGCCCAAACUGAAGCUGCGGGUGCAAUGGACCAAAGAAGCUUCGCUCGGGCCGUCCGAGAGCUCGAGUCCGGUGGCAGCGGAGCUGGGCGGUGCGGGGGUCGGUGAAGCGUUGCUUGGCUCGAGCGACAAGGAGAACCACAAGCCACCCGAAACCAUGUCACCGUCUUCGACUUCGGCGCCCUUCAAGAAGGGACUCAACAUUAACAUCAACAACAACAGCAUCCUCACGCCGGCCGCUGCCACCGCAGGGCCACUCGAUGAGCCGCUCGGCAGUAACGGGCAGUCGCCGCCGGUGGAAGACAUGCCGGAUCCCGACCAUACAAACGGCCUCGGAACCGGUGAAACGAAGGUUGUGGUGUAUCAGUUCACGCACAACAACUGCUCGCGCCAGCGAACCGAGCACACCCGGGUGUUCCGUUGCCCGUGGUGUAGCAUCAACUGUGGGGCACUGUACUCGCUGUUGAAGCAUCUCAAGCUGAACCACGCCCGGUUCAUGUUCGCGUACGUGGCGAUUCCGCAGGGGGCCCAGAUCGAUGUGACGAUGAACGAGCAGUACGAUGGUUCGUACAACGGGGCGCCGCAGGAUUUGUUCUUUCCCUCGGCCGCAUUCACGCGCCGUUUCCUACCGGCACGCCGAACGGUGGUCACAAAUCUGCUCGUUUGUCGCCCCCGGCGUCAGAAGCACUCCCUGUCGGAGUUUAUCGAGUGCGAGGAAAACGAGUACGACAGCCAGCGGCCGUUCAUUACCGGACACAAUAGGAUGUACCACCACACCAUGACCUGUUUGCCGGUGCACCCGAGGGAACUGGACAUCGAUUCCGAGGCGGAAAGUGAUCCCCUGUGGCUGCAGCACAAGACGAUGCAGAUGAUCGACGAGUUUACCGACGUGAACGAGGGCGAGAAGGAACUGAUGAAGAUGUGGAAUCUGCACGUCAUGAAGUACGGGUACGUCGGCGACUGCCAGAUUCCGAUCGCGCUGGAAAUGUUCAUCGAUCUGCGGGGCCGCGAGCUGUGGGCCCGCAACCUGUACCGCAACUUUGUGCUCCACAUGAGCUCGAUGUUUGACUUUGGGCUCGUAUCGGCCGACGUUAUGCAGCGCACCAUUCGCAAGCUCAGGAAAAUAUUGCACACCAAUCCGGAGCUGCAGCGUACGGUUUCGGAGCAUCGUGCCGAGCAGAGCACGUACUGGAACACGGUGGCGGUGCACAGGCCCGAGAAUCUGAAGCCGGAACCUAGAAGUGGCACCGGAGAACGACUAACGUCUGGCGCGGGCGCAAGUUCGUCGUCUUCCGGCACCAAUGGCACCACCGUCGGAGGCAGUGGCACCGGUGCCGGCGCAGGCACCUCCGGCACCGGCACCAACGCCGGCGAAGGGCAGCAACGCAAGGUGAAACCCACCAUUACGCCCGCCAAAAACACGGACCCCACAGCCAUAUCGCCUCCCCGACGCCGUAGUGCCAGUGCCGCCGCUAACGCUGCCACGGCCGCCACCAAAGGCGCAGCCAGCAACGCCAACGCCAAACAAACACCAUCCGCGGUCACGGCGGGCAGCGCGAAAGGGGCCGCCCCUCAUUCGACUGCCAAGAAAACAUCCUCCCCAUCAUCGUCAUCAUCGGCAGUUCCAUCGCUGCCGCCGCCACCAUCAUCCUUUUCGUUGUUAUGCAAAAAGCCAACCACUGCCGGCGGACUGUCCGCUUUUUCAUCCAGCACUGCCGCUCAGCAGCAGCUGAACAAGCACCUGAAAUCGAUCAUGUCCCCGAUAAUGACCAGAAGAAAAUCUCUUUCCCUAGGCAUCCACCACCAGCAGUCGCAGCAGCGGAAGCGCACGUCGAACUGA